GACACGUUACCUUGGUGUGCAGUCAACACAGACGCUUGGAAGAAAGUGAGAGGAAACAUGAAACGAGAUGUCAGGAUACUGCUGUUGGGAGAACCCAAGGUGGGGAAAACAUCACUCAUCAUGUCUCUGGUAGGGGAGGAGUUCCCUGAAGAGGUGCCCCUUCGCGCUGAAGAGAUCACCAUCCCUGCUGACGUCACGCCCGAGAAGGUGCCCACGCACAUUGUCGACUACUCAGAAAGCGAGCAGACAGAUGAGGUGUUACGAGAGGAGAUCGUCAAAGCCAAUGUGGUGUGUGUGGUGUACGACAUCACACAGGAGGACACCAUUGAAAAGAUUCGAACAAAAUGGAUCCCCUUAGUGAAUGGAGGAGUGGAGAAGGCAAACAAGCUGCCGAUCAUCCUGGUGGGGAACAAGUCAGACCUGCGCUCCGGGAGCGCCAUGGAGUCCAUCCUGCCCAUCAUGAACCAGUUCUCCGAGAUCGAGACGUGCGUGGAGUGUUCUGCCAAGAACUUGAAGAACAUCUCAGAGCUGUUCUACUACGCCCAGAAAGCUGUGCUGCACCCAACUGCUCCUCUCUACGACCCAGAAGACAAACAGCUGAGGCCCAUGUGUAUCCGAGCCCUUAGCCGCAUCUUCACUAUCUCAGACCAAGACAGUGACGGGAUUCUCAGCGACAGUGAACUCAACAGCUUUCAGAAAUCGUGUUUCGGGAACCCGCUGGCGCCCCAAGCUCUGGAGGACGUCAAGACGGUGGUGUGGAAGAACACCAGCGAUGGCGUGCAGGAUAAUGGGCUGACACUGAAUGGCUUCCUCUUCCUCAACACCCUGUUCAUUCAGAGGGGCCGUCAUGAGACCACGUGGACCAUCCUGAGGAGGUUUGGCUACGACGACUCGCUGGAGCUGACAGACGACUACCUCUACCCCCAGCUGCGGGUUCCAGUGGGUUGCAGCACAGAGCUCAAUCAUCUUGGCUAUCAGUUCCUGCAGAAACUGUUUGAGAAGUAUGAUGAGGACAAGGACUCGGCCCUCUCUCCUGCAGAGCUGAAAAACCUGUUCAGUGUGUUUCCCUACAUGCCCUGGGGCGAGGACGUGUACAUGGCAGUUCAAACUAACAAGGAUGGUUUCAUCUCUCUGCACGGGUACCUGUGUCAGUGGACGUUGGCUGCAUACCUGGAUGUUCAUCGCUGCCUGGAGUAUCUGGGGUACUUGGGCUACCCCAUCCUCUCUCAGCAGGAGUCCCAGACUGCAGCAAUAACAGUGACGAGAGAGAAAAGCGUAGACCUGGAGAAGGGGCAGACCCAGCGCUCGGUCUUCCUCUGUAAGGUGAUUGGACCUCGUGGCACGGGGAAGACCGCCUUCCUGCAGGGUUUCCUGGGCCGCAGCCUAUCGAAGCAGAAGAGUGCCUCUGGUGCCUUUUCCUUCUACACCAUAAACACAGUCACAGUCAACAACCAGGAGAAGUACCUCAUCCUAUACGAGGUGGACGUGGACAUGGAGUUCCUCAAGGCCUCGGACGCAGCCUGCGACGUGGCCUGUCUCAUGUACGACGUUAGCGACCCCCAGUCCUUCAACUACUGCGCCAGCAUCUACAAGCAACACUACAUGGACAGCAGCAUUCCCUGUGUGGUGGUGGCCUCUAAGGCAGACCUACCUGAACAGAAACAGCAACACGGCAUUUCCCCAGCAGAGUUCUGCUACAAGCACCGCCUACCGCCCCCCCUCCCUUUCUCCUGCGACAGCCAGGAUGCACCCAGUACCGCCAUCUACUCCAAGCUGGCCUGGGCAGCCAUGUUCCCACAUCUCAACGGUUCGGACAUGAGUGCCAGCUCUUUCUGGCUGCGAGUGGCAUUGGGGGCAGCUGUUGUGUCGGUCCUUGGCUUCACACUGUACAGAGCUUUCAUCAGACAGAAAUAGACCCCAAAAGCCCCCCACCCCCACCCCCCUGUUUUCACCGCAGACUGCCUGCUGCUGUGAGCUUGGAACCCCUUCUACACCUUGCAUUGUGUGUGAGGCAGAUGGACGGAGAAUAGCAUCACAGCUGAAGGGCAGAAGAAACAGUCAUCUUUUAAAGCACACACAAUGGGGAAAAAAUUACCUCACUGUGAACAACACUUUGGUAUGUGCUAACAUUGGCUACAAUGCUUGAGGUGAGAAAAAACAAAGCCUUUUUUGCCACUUAACUUUACCCAUUUAUUCACAUGGAUAUCAGUUGCCUUUUUCCCAUAAGGUAAACAAAAAGACUUUUCUUUGUAGAAACAGUAGACUUGAUGGCUUUUCAAAACAUCAGAUAUAUUUUAAUGAAUAAGUAGUCAGCUGAGAAACUGCAAAGCUCAAAGGGAACAUGUCCAUUAUAUGGUCACUAAAGCAACAUCAUGGUGACUAUGAAACCAUUUGCAUGUCUGGGUAUCAAUGAAGAUUAGCCCCACAGUUGCCAUGGAAGAUGCUUGUUGGGGCCCAGCCAGGAGAAACUGACCAGCUGAUACUCCUUGGUGGAGACGGGCAGAUGGAGAGGAGAAUGAGCUGCCAGACCUGUGAAUUCAACCUAGCCCUGGCUCAACACAGACAUUUCAACAAGGAGGCUCCUCAAGUCAAGUACCAAGUGCUCAGCUCUUGUUGUGAAGUAUUCAUGUUGCCUCACACAGGAACAGAUUGAUGUCUGAUCUGCCAGAAGAGGAUAGCCUCCCACUGGAACAUUCAAACAUUGUAUUGUAACAACAUGCAGUAAUUCAUGAUGUAGAUGACCUUCUACUCUACACCUCAUUUUUAAUGGGAAUAAAAGUAAAGCACGUUUUUAGAGGCUUUUUGUUGAGCUGUUUGUUGCGGAACAGACUAUUCCCAGUAAUCUCUCUAAGGGCUGACAUUUUAAUAUGCUUUGAAGAGAUUUUUCCGUGUGUCUGCAGGAUGAUCCUGCUGCUUGAUGUAAUUUUUAAUGUCCUGCCCAAUGAGCAGUGAGACAAUCCCGGAAGCCCUCUCUCCAUUAGUAUCAGGGUGAAACAGUAUUACAUAGUGGAGGAUCAGUGAUGUUCUACCAUAUCUCUGUGGGGCUGCCUGUGAGUGUCAAAGAUGUCUGUCUAACAAAAGAUGCUGAAUCUGCACAUCCUUUGCUCAGACAAUAAUCCUUGCUCUGAGAACCACUGUAUUUUAAAAGUGUGGCCUUAUAAUGCCGACAUCUUCAGUGCAUUCUAAGAACUGUAUUAACCCACAGGCUGUGGCCGAAUGGUGGCUUAGUCUAGCCAUACAUCUUAACAGACAGGUUUUUUCAGCUGAAGUACUACUAACCAGCUAUGGAUUGUAUGCCAUAGCCUGCUGGAAG